UAACGUCCUGCCAGAGAACUCGGCGCCCCCACCGGACUCCCCACGCGCAAAGCAGAGAGAGAAUCCAUCCCAAACCCCAGCGACGACCAUGACUCCCCAAGCCCUCCUCCUCCUCCUCCUCCUCCUCGCCGCCGCCGUCGCCGUCGCCGCCGCGUCCGCGGCCCCGGAGAACGGCGCGGCGAACGACCUGCUCCCCAAGUACGGACUCCCGAAGGGCCUCAUCCCGGACUCGGUCAGCUCCUACACCUUCGACGAGGCCACGGGCGACUUCGAGAUCCACCUCGCGGGCACCUGCUACGUCCGCUUCGGCGACCACCUCGUCUACUACGAGAAGGCCCUCCGCGGCUGCCUCUCCAAGGGGCGGAUCACCGGCCUCGCCGGCAUCCAGGCCAAGAAGCUCUUCCUCUGGGUCUCCGUCUCCGGCAUCGUGGCGCACCCCGAGGAGGGCACACUCGAGUUCCAGGUCGGCUUCGUCUCCGAGGAGCUCUCCGCCUCGCUCUUCGACCGGGUGCCCGCCUGCGGCGCCAGCGCCGGCGCGCAGCUCCGCGGCGUCGCCGGGGUCAUCCAGGAGCUCGGCCUGCUCCCCGUUGCAGAGGCUUGAGCUUGGAGCCGGGCGUUCGUUCCACUUGCAGCAAAUUCUCCUUGGAUCCUACUGUGGGGUUGUUACACGAGUAAUGAAUGAUGAUAAUAAGAUGUCCGGUGCCUUUUUUAGCUCAGGAAGAAAGGCUUCAUGGGCCAUGGUGGUGUGCUGUUGGCAAAGUGUGUGUGGUCUGCUGUCUCUCCUUAGUGAACACGGAUUCUGUGUAGAAUUGUACAUUUGUUUUGUUGCAACUGGGACCUGUGUAAAAUGUAUGUAGUUCAUGUCUUCGUUUCCUAGCACUACUUCAGAAGAAGAAAAAUUACCUCCUAUGGAAAGUCUGGUGCUGCAUUUGUAA